AUGUCCUUCCCCAUGGCCGAACGACCAGCUGCUUCCCUACGGCUCCCCCACGAACUCCUUGAGCAAAUACUAUCCUACGUUCCCUUCGAACAUGCCCCAGACGUUCGGCAACUGGAACGCAACUGGAAUGAGGAUCAUGUCCCACGAUCAUUCAAGCCGCAGCUCGCAUUCGCUCACGUCUGUCGCGAUUGGCGCGACGCUGCCCUUGCCAGCAAGUACUGGCCCGGUGUUCGUUUGAACCUCCUCGACACCGCACAAUUCGAUGAAGGCAUUGCUCAUGGCCAUGGCGAUGCUCUACUCCACAUCCACAUCGACUUGAAGCACGAUGGUGCCAUGCGGACCAAGUACCGAGAGUGGGCGCCUGUACUUGCGCUUAAGCAAAUUCCACGCAUUCGCACGCUCUUCAUCCGGCUUAGGGGCCAGUACGACAAUAACAUGAUUAGCGACAUCACGGCGUAUGCGCAUGCUAUAGAAAGUCUUGCUGCGCCCGAGUUGCAAGACUUCACGUGCGAGUGGUCGUCUGGGGGAGACAGGCUCAGGUUCGACCACAUGGAGAAGCCUUGCCCCCGCCUGCGCUAUCUCACAUUGUCGUGGUGCAACUUGUCCACCCUUCAGACGAUCCUACACUCCGAGAACCUUGUCCGCAUCAACUUCAGAAACGUCCAUAUGUUCAGCACCAUCGACGAGCUCGUGGAUACCGUUUCCCGAUGGAAGCAUCUUCAAUGCCUCAAUCUGUCGAUGUGCCAAAUUAUCAGUCCCAGCGGUCUUGCUGCGUCCUCUGAACACAGUGCUGUGGAUCUUCCCGAGUUGAAGGAACUUUUCAUCUUGGACAUUUCCGCGAACGUCGCUGCGUUCUUGAAGCACGUUACUUUCCCUCCCACCACCACGGUCGACCUUAUGUUUUCUGGACUGGACGUCGCACCAGAGCCCGUUGCGCUUCAGGUCAGAGAUUCAAUUCACCGCCAUUUCGAUUCGCCUGAAGGUCGUUCGCUCAUCUCAUCCGCAUACGGCUUCACCAUGGCCUACCCACUCGCCUACUGUAUACAGCUCCGUGCACCUACGACGCGCAAACCGGACGCUCCGAGGGUGGAUUUAUCCGCCGACGGUCAUCUCGUCCCACAGCCCGAUUUCUCCUUAACGCGGGGAAGCUUCGAUAGGGCAUUCUUCGAGGAGAGUCUGACCGCCAUCCUCUCAUUGGAGACGAUACCGCGGCUGGACCUCAGCGCACGAUCCAUCCCUAUUCGCAUCCCACCCCCGACCAUAUUGCGACGCUUCGCUGGCACGACGCAUCUAGCUCUCAAUAAAAAAUGCCUACGGCUUCUCGACGACAUCCCAAAUGACGCCCAGUUGUUUUCCCAACUCGCUUGUAUAGAGUUGGUUGGCAUCGCCAUGCUGGACAAGAACAGGGAGGCAACGAUCUUGCAAUCGCUUCAAAACGCUCGCGAUGCUCGCCCAAGCUUGGUCAGGCUGCUGCUACGCGAGUGUACCAUCAGGAAGGAGACAUUCGCUGAUACUGUCUUUGGGGAGGGGAAUGUGGAGAUAGUAGAUCCCGGUCCAAGUCAAUGUUAG